CCGGCGGCGGCGGCGGCGGCGGCGGCGGCGGGCGGAGUGAGCUGCGGAGCCUGGAAUAUGGUUGGGGAAAUGGAAACGAAGGAGAAGCCGAAGCCCACCCCAGAUUACCUGAUGCAGCUGAUGAACGAUAAGAAGCUCAUGAGCAGCCUGCCCAACUUCUGCGGGAUCUUCAACCACCUCGAGCGGCUGCUGGACGAAGAAAUUAGCAGAGUACGGAAAGACAUGUACAAUGACACAUUAAAUGGCAGUACAGAGAAAAGGAGUGCAGAAUUGCCUGAUGCUGUGGGACCUAUUGUUCAGUUACAAGAGAAACUUUAUGUGCCUGUAAAAGAAUACCCAGAUUUUAAUUUUGUUGGGAGAAUCCUUGGACCUAGAGGACUUACAGCUAAGCAACUUGAAGCAGAAACAGGAUGUAAAAUAAUGGUCCGAGGCAAAGGCUCGAUGAGGGAUAAAAAGAAGGAGGAGCAAAAUAGAGGCAAACCGAAUUGGGAGCAUCUAAAUGAAGACUUACAUGUUCUAAUCACUGUGGAAGAUGCUCAGAACAGAGCAGAAAUCAAGCUGAAGAGAGCAGUUGAGGAAGUGAAGAAAUUACUGGUACCUGCAGCUGAAGGAGAAGACAGCCUGAAGAAGAUGCAGCUGAUGGAGCUUGCGAUUCUGAAUGGCACCUACAGAGAUGCCAACAUUAAAUCACCAGCCCUUGCCUUUUCUCUUGCAGCGACAGCCCAGGCUGCCCCAAGGAUCAUUACUGGGCCUGCGCCUGUUCUCCCACCAGCUGCCCUGCGUACUCCUACGCCAGCUGGCCCUACCAUAAUGCCUUUGAUCAGACAAAUACAGACCGCUGUCAUGCCAAACGGAACUCCUCACCCAACUGCUGCAAUAGUUCCUCCAGGGCCCGAAGCUGGUUUAAUCUACACACCCUAUGAAUACCCCUACACGUUGGCACCAGCUACAUCAAUCCUUGAGUAUCCUAUUGAACCUAGUGGUGUAUUAGGUGCGGUGGCUACUAAAGUUCGAAGGCACGAUAUGCGUGUCCAUCCUUACCAAAGGAUUGUGACCGCAGACCGAGCCGCCACCGGCAACUAACCUAUGACCUUCUGACCUCUGAACUCUUCACCCAAUGAUGACCUGACCAUGCCUGCCUGCUGAUCAGUUAACUGGUAAUCGCCUUUGCUUGCCUGUCGUCAGUGCAGCGAGCUGAGGCACUUGUCCGUUCGUCUUACCAUCUAACCAAACAAAAGACAAAGAAAUUGUUGUCCUCCAACUCAGCUUUUUUUCCUCCCCCCCCCCCCCCCCCCAAUUUGGGUGAACGUGGUUCUAGAACCUGCACUGAAUAGUAGUAAAGCAAUAAGGCCCAAUUCAUCCCACAGCACUGACCGUCUUUUAAUGUCCCCCUCUGAGCGAACGGUAAGGGGAGACAGAUGGCCCUUAACUACUCAUUGACAGAGGCAGUUACUGUGAGAGACUUCUAGGAACCUUUUUCUUCUCAUAGCGAAGUCAAAGCUCUCUCUGAAUGUACUGUGUGAUGAUGCAUCAUGCAUGAACCUUUGGUCAGGGAUGUCAUUGGUGAAGUGAUUUCAAAAAGUAUUCAGAAUUCGACAUGCUGUUCCGUCACUACUGUGCCCUCAGAGGGCAGAGGGGCAGCCUUCUCACAUUGCCUGCCAGAAUCUGAAGUGUGAGAAGAAAGUGUGCCAUGAGAGGAAACGUGACAAGGAGUUUGGGAAAUUAGUGCAAAGUAAAAUACUGCAACACUAUUUUUAAAAAGAUAAAUAUCUGAGUUAAAAUUACUGAACCUUUAUUUUACACCUCCGUUAAAAAUAUACGAGAACAAGGUACAUGCAUUAUGUGUCACAUUACUGGGCAAACUGUUCAAGUAUUUUUUUUAAACCUCCCUGUAUAGAAAAAAUCAUUAAGGAUGUAAAAGCCAUGCUUGCCUAUUUGCUGUAUACAUGUAAUGAAAUUGUAGAUAAAGUGUAGUGCAUUGAAACAAAUGAACAAAAAGUAGAUUCUUUUACUAUACAAGGGUGCUGGUGCAGAAAAAAAUAUAUAUAUUUUUGGAAAUGUAGCAUUUUAUACUUUCAAGUGUUAUAAAAAAAAGAAAAAGAACAAAGAAACCCUUUAUUUCAUUAAAUGAUUUUUUCUGGUGGUUGUCAAGAAACAAAAGACCAAAAGAGCCUUUUUGUCUUUAUUUUUUAUUUUUUAAGUAUUGGAAUAAGUCUAAAGAAAAGAAAGUGCCUUAUUUUCCUUCAUGGUCAUUUAGUCAAGUGUCUCGUAAGAUCAGCUCCUCCCUCACAAUAAAAGUUAAUGCAUGUUCCUCCGUCGCCCAGUAUGUGAAAGAAGAUAAGAGGGGAGACAAGUGAGUUGAUGGUUUGAUUCAUAUGAUUUUUGCCACAUUACCUUGAUGCAAAUUUGCCAAAUCUGAUACUGUGAAAAAAAUUGAUAACUUUUCUAAUGUCUGACUUGUUAAGUUUUAAAACAUGAUUCUUUUAAAAAUCAUAAUUGAAUACUUUUGGUUAUUAGAAUCUCCAAUGUUCACCCAAAAGAUUCUGAGAUAAAAAUUAUGUGAGAUCAUCUGAACAUCAGUUUACAGACAGAAUUACAGCUUAUUUUAUUUGGAGAAGGGGUAGACCUUGGAUUUUUUUUUUCUUAUUAAUUGGAGCAUAGUAGUAAGCCUAGCAAACCUUUUCACAAAAAUGAAUCUUAGUGAUUUUCAUUCUGAAAAACUGUUUUUAAAUGACCCCAGUUUAAUCAUCCUACUUUAUACCAUUAGCAGAGGACUUGUAAUGUCCAUCUCUUUGCUGGUUUUAGUAACCUCCCCUCCUGUUCCCACACAUGUUUUUGACUCCCUUUUUUUUUUUAAAUUUUAAAAGAAUGAGAAAAACCAUCAUUGUGGGUGUAAAUACUCAAGUACACUUCAGUUGCUCAUGAAUUCAAACAGUUUUGUAGUUGAAGCAUUUUGUAUGCAAAGCUACAUCUGAACACUGAGUGAAUAAUUGUUAGCUGCUCAGUACCAGACAUGGCAAAUCUCAAGUGGCAGUGGACUUCCAGCUCGUCAACUCUUCCCCUCUCCCGUACUUCACAGGCAAGGUCAGCAGGACGCUCAGUCAGCACCUUCAUGGUGACCUCUCCAUCAUCCUGUCUCUCUUGGAAACCGUUUUCAGUUUAUUUACUAUGCAAUAGACAUUCAUUGUUUUGUAUUCUGCUAGCUUUGGUUUAAUGUGCCACUGCUUUGUCUUUCUGUUACACAUACCAUUGUUUUGAUUUAUUUACAAUAUAUGCUGUGCCAUUUUGAUUUUUAUUUUGUUUGGUUGGUUGAAUAAAUUUGCGACACUCAAACACUUGAGGUGAUAGUUGUUAAAAACGAUACCAGUAUUUGAUCCAGUUUCAUCUCAACUGCGUUAUACCUGGACAUUUUAGAUGUUUAUCAAAGGUCUUUUCUGGGGAAGGAAGUAAAUGUAUGAGAUAAUAAAUGUGUGACAUUUAUGAGUAA